CACUGUGCAUCUGUGUAGAAGUCCGUAUGACGUUAGCGCGGCGUACUGUGCGUACUGUCGUACCUGCCCCUCGCCGCCCAACCGUGCCCGCUUGGCAGCCCCACGUCGUCAUCAGCCUAAGCAGGACAAGGAGAACACACGUCGAACGCGCAACGCUUAACGAGGCUGAGCCAGGCAGUCACUUUUGCCUCUGCGCCCGUCUUUAUAUCCACACUCCGCGCCCUCCGCCGGCCACACCCCCAUACCACCGUUACCAUGAAUAUAAUCAAGCUCCAGCGGAAAUACCCGCAGUUUGAGCAGGGCGAGAUCUUCGGUCUGCAGGAUGCCUUCCGCAAGCUCGACAUUGACGACAAGGGCUACCUCGACGAGGCCACUGUCAUCAAGGCCACCCAGCAGACCGAGCACCAGCCGUACGAUGUCGUGCGCCAGGCCCUGAAGGAGGUCGAGCUCGACAGCUCGCGGCGCGUCGAGCUAGACGACUAUGUAGACCUCAUCUCCAAGCUGCGCCAGUCGUCGCCGGCCCAGCAGCGCAUGAGCACUGGGCCAACACGCCCGCGCGCUGUAUCCGGCGCUACCGGCAGCGCGCCCUCGACCCCCAAGCAUGCCUCGAAGCCCAGCAUCGGCGGCGGCGGCGGUCGCAUCCAGGUCCAGGGCUCUUCGGCCAAUGUCACCCACACCAUCAACGAAGACGAGCGAACCGAGUUCACACGCCACAUCAAUGCCGUCCUUGCCGGCGACCCGGACAUUGGCGACCGUCUGCCCUUCCCCACCGACACUUUCGAGAUGUUCGACCAGUGCAAGGACGGCCUUGUCCUGUCCAAGCUGAUCAACGACAGUGUGCCCGACACAAUCGACGAGCGUGUCCUGAACAAGCCAGGCAAGAAGAUCAAGCAGCUGAACAACUUCCACUUCACCGAGAACAACAACAUUGUCAUUGAGUCGGCGAAGGGUAUCGGGUGUUCUGUUGUCAACAUUGGUAGUGGGGACAUCAUUGAGGUGCGCGAGCAUCUGAUUCUGGGUUUGAUCUGGCAGGUCAUCAGGAGAGGUCUGCUUGGCAAGAUUGACAUCAAGCUGCACCCCGAGCUGUACAGGCUGCUGGAAGACGACGAGACACUCGAGCAGUUCCUGCGCCUGCCCCCGGAGCAGAUUCUGCUGCGCUGGUUCAACUACCACCUGAAGAAUGCAAAGUGGCACAGAACUGUGACCAACUUCUCCAAAGAUGUCAAGGACGGCGAGAACUACACCGUUCUGCUCAACCAAUUGGCACCUGAGACCUGUUCUCGCGCGGCACUACAGCAGAACGACCUGCUGCAACGCGCGGAAACAGUCCUCCAGAACGCUGACGCCCUCGACUGCCGCAAGUUCUUGACACCGACAUCGCUUGUUGCCGGUAACCCCAAGCUCAACCUUGCCUUUGUUGCCAACCUGUUCAACACACACCCCUGCUUGGAUCCCAUCACUGAGGAAGAGAAGGCCGAGAUUGAGGAUUUCGACGCGGAGGGCGAACGUGAGGCUCGCGUCUUUACUCUGUGGCUCAAUUCCUUGGACGUUAAGCCUGUUGUACAGUCUUUCUUCGAGGAUUUGAAGGACGGGUCUGUCCUUCUCCAGGCUUACGAUAAGGUCAUUCCCGGCAGCGUAAACUGGCGUCACGUCAACAAGCCACGCGAAGGGCAGGAGCUGAUGCGCUUCAAGGCGCUCGAGAACACCAACUACGCUGUCGAACUCGGAAAGUCUGUCCAAUUCUCCCUCCCCGGUAUUCAAGGUGCCGAUAUCACCGAUGGCCAGCGCACACUCACUCUUGGUCUUGUCUGGCAACUGAUGCGCAAGGACAUCGUGUCCACGCUCAAGGGUCUUGCACAGAAGCUCGGCAAGCGCGAAAUCUCUGACUCGGACAUGAUCAAGUGGGCAAACGACAUGGCCCGCAAGGGCGGACAGGGCAGCCAGAUCCGCUCAUUCAAGGACUCGUCGCUCUCGAACUCCAAGUUCCUCCUCGACGUCCUUGCCGGCAUGAAGCCCGCAUACGUCGACUACGACCUCGUCUCUCCCGGCCGUAACGACGAGGAGAGCUACCAGAACGCCAAGCUGGCUAUCAGUAUCGCGCGAAAGAUGGGCGCCACCAUCUGGCUGGUGCCCGAAGACAUUGUCGCCGUGCAGAGCCGCCUGAUCACCACCUUCAUCGGCAGCUUGAUGAACACGUAUGAGAAGAUGGGCGGGCAGUAGACGUCUCCAAGAACUGUGGAAUUGGGGUUCAGCGACUUGCGAGCGUGUGUUGUAAAAGGGGUUUUUAGUGCGAAAAGACUGGGCAUUGGUGGUUGUGUUGUCUAUAGCAAAAGUCUUCUGCAGGAGGAUACGUCAAUGAAGAUAUGAUCUCGAAUAGAGUACUAUGUGCAUCUGCUAUCUGGGUGAAAUGGGUUGCGCGGCACAGUGAGGAGUUGUCGCCCAUGCUGAUAUACCGAAGACGAUUUUGGCACAGCGAACCGUCUUGAGAGCUACCAGUGCGCGUUUCUUCAGUGUCUACCAGUUGUGAAAAUUUGGGUUGAGUUUUGUUUCAUUUGAUGAGUCAAAUAAAUAAAAAGUUGUGCUCGUAUUUUGGGUAGUUAAAUCAAACAAAAC